UUUCGUACCGUACGACCGCCGAAAACCCUAGGCCACUCACAAUUCGCGAAAAUUUUCCUCUUCAGACAUUCGUUGAAAGUUUUUUUUCCUCUAUUUCUCCGAAUGAAUGAUUGUAUUUAGGGUUCCUUCUUCGUCGAUUGUUGCUCCAGCCUUAUGAAUCGGAGUUUUCCCUCUCAAAUUGGAUUGUCAUGUCUAAAAGGGUUCUUUGUAAGUUCUUUGCACAAGGAGCAUGUCUGAAGGGGGAGCAUUGUGAGUAUUCACAUGAUUGGAAGGACCCUCCAAAUAAUGUUUGCACCUUCUAUCAGAGAGGGCUGUGUGCUUAUGGUAGCCGAUGCCGAUAUCAACACACUAAGGCUUCUCAAUCUCAAUCUUCUGGUUCAUCUUCGUCCACAAGUUCACAGAAAUUUCCUGUUUCAGAUUCUCGGUCUCGUCCUCAUUCUUCCAGCACCUCAUUAAAUGGGGUUGCUUUAGUUUCAGGGGUGUUUUCCGAGCUCUCUGCUGCAAGCAGGCCUUUUGUUGUUCCCAAACAACCUGCUUGGAAUCAAGGGCUUGAGCAAUCUGAUGCUCUACAUAGUGGUAAUGUUGGUGAGAGCAGUCUUAGUCCGGCGGAUCUUCCUAUCUGUUCAUUUGCUGCUGCUGGUGAUUGUCCACGUGGGGAAAAAUGUCCACAUAUUCAUGGGAACCUUUGCCCUACAUGUGGAAAACAUUGCUUGCAUCCUUAUAGGCUUGAUGAAAAAGAGGAACAUCUGAGGACAUGUGAAAAAAAGCAUAAGAAUCUAGAGGCAUUGAAACAUAGUCAAGAAAUUGAAUGCAGUGUCUGUUUGGAACGUGUUCUCUCAAAGCCGACAGCAGCUGAGCGGAAGUUUGGGUUGAUGUCGGAAUGUGAUCAUCCAUUCUGUAUAUCUUGCAUCAGGAAUUGGCGUAGUAGUUCACCAACUUCUGGCUUGGAUGUCAACAGUGCAUUGAGGGCCUGUCCAAUAUGUCGCAAGCUUUCAUACUUUGUUGUUCCAAGUGUCAUUUGGUACACUUCUAAAGAAGAGAAACAAGAAAUUGUUGACAGUUACAAGGCAAAGCUCAAGUCAAUUGAUUGCAAGCACUUCGACUUUGGCAAUGGAAACUGCCCAUUUGGUACUAGUUGCUUUUACAGGCAUGCAUACCGCGAUGGCAGUUUGGAGGAAGUUGAUCUGCGUCAUCUCGGGAACGAAGAAGGUCUAACUGUGAUAGCUAAACACGUUAGGCUAUCAGACUUCCUAAGUGACAUGCAUAUAAGGUGAUACCCCCCUAUAUUCUUUGUCAAUCAAUAUGUGCAGGGUGUUUACUCAUAUGAACAAGAAGAAUAAGAGAUUGUGUGAUAUGGUGUUGUAUGUUAUCUUUUGCUGGUGGUAUGCUCACCUUGUUUUUUGGGGGUAUGGUGAUUCUACGAUAGGGUAUGAUUUUUAUACCGUACUAUUAGGAUACAAUUCGGACCAUUCAUCAAAGAUUGUACGCUGAUUCUUGUCAUCGUACAACUUCUGGAUGAAUGGUUAUUAUCGUGUCUUAUCAUCGUAAAUCAUACCCUAAUCGUAGAUUGUACGAGUAACUUCUUCUCCAAGAUAGAGAAAGAGAGAGUUGUAAUUUAAUGUAUUUUCCUUCCAAUUUUUGUGUUGUUUUGUAGGCUCAACACUUAUACACGAUGAUGGCAGAGGUUGGUUGGUUGGUUGGUGAUGCUUGUUGUUAUGAAGUUGAAAUAAUAGUACUAAACAAAGAACAAAAUCAUUGCAAGUAAACAUUAUUGAAAAAGAAAAAGAGAGAUAUACACGUGAGGAUUUUUGACAAAGUUUGCUCCUUUUUUUCUCUUUUUCUUAGAUUGUAUACAUAUAAUCAUACAUAUAUGUCUCUCAAAUUUCAAUGGCUAAUUCUUGUGAGUCAAGAUUGAAUUUUGAAUAAAGGGGCAUGAUGAUAUGAAUAUGAUAUAUAUGAUAGAGGUGUUGUAUUUGUAGUAAUUAAGUACCUUCCUUUGUGGAUGAGUUUGAGCCUCCAAGUGUAUAUAUAUCUUGAUAUUAUAUGACAUGGCUAUGGCUAUGGCUACUUCUACUGGUCUUACUCCAAAUUUUUAAUAAGAGAGAGACUUGGUUUUCUAAUA